UGAGGUGAUGUCAUUUCAUGGAAGGAACACGUCACGGAAACUAGUCUGUGGCGUAGAAUAUAUCAAACUUUGUAUUACUGAUGGGUUGAAGGCGGUUUGGGUAGUGUACAGGUUCCAGAUCUAAACAUGUCGAGACCAGGUGAAGGGGAGUAUGAACCUCUUGCCGACAUGCCCCUGUUUGGUGAAGCAAGGCCAAGGGAUAGGACGAUGAACAUAAUGAUAAUCUUCGUUACAACAUUGCUGGUGUUGAUCACAUCAAUAAGUGCCUUCAUUCCCUGGCCGAGCUUCCUAGACAUUUUCUUCGUGUUCUGCAUAAUUAUCAUUUGCAUCUCACAUCUUACCCUGAUUGUAUGGUAUAGACAAGGUGACCUGGAUCCAAAGUUCAAGAAGCUCAUUUAUUUCAAUACUUUCUGUAUUAUAAUGCUUUGCAUAUGUGCAAACAUAUUUUUCCAUGUUAAAUAAAUCAUGUUUGCUUCUCAUAUUGUUGACUCUGCAUAGUUUAUAUGAUGUGAGAAGAUAUAUAUUGUAUGAUACAACCACUGAGCUUAUGAUUUUGUUGCUCCUGUUCUCUUGUAAAUUAUGAGUGUCUCCGGCACUGAGUAAUAGACUGCUUGUUGUGAGGUAUAGGUAUCUGAUAUGUAUAUAUUUUUUAUAUAAGAACAAUUGUUGUAGAAUUACCUUUUCACUUAUAUUAGGGCAGUAAAUGGAUCAUGGUGCACGUUGUAGGAAAAUGUUUGCAUUUAUGAGGCACAAUUCAUUAGAUUUAGGUGCAUUUGCCCCUGGAAAUAAGAUUCUGUUGGUAAGGAGUGGAGCAAGAUAAUGCAAAGUAAACUGAAAAAUAAAUCAACAAAUCAAAUUUACAUGGGUAAUGUAUUUUUCCAUACUUGUGGAGAAUAAUGUUUAAUUCAAAUACAGGUGAUACAGUGCUAUCCCAAAUUACAGAGUUAUUUACUUAUGAUCUCAUGUGAGGUUGGUGUGAGACUUUAUUUAGGUUGUGGCUGGGUCUUCAUGAAAAAUCUCUCCUUUGUUAGAAUUAAAAUAUUUCCCAUUUGUUUAAUAUAGAUACUUUAGCUAAGGCAAUUGAUUACAGAAUAUAUGAAUUAUCUUUGUGAACAUUUUCAUUUUUGAGAACAUGAAAAGUAGAAUGUAAUGUAGGAAGUUUGAAGUGACAUAGUUAAGGAAUGAUAUAAAAUAUAUAUAUAGCUUGAAACUUUUUUUUUCAGAUUUAAGAGUAUUAUUGAUGUUGUAGCUUUUUGCUUUAUGUAUGCAGUUAUACAGAUUUUUUAUAUAUAUAGUUUGUAAUAUGUUUAUGCUUGUAUAAAGCAUGUAAAAGUUACUUAAUUGUAAAUGUUUAUUUAACAUCACUGAUGUGUAACAUAUUAAUUUGCUGAAAGAGCACUUCCUUUGGAAACCCAUGUAUUUGUCUUAAAACUGAUUGUAUUCUAGGUUGCUAAGAUAUUGAGAGAGAGAGAGAGAGAGAGAGAGAGAGAGAGAGAGAGAGAGAGAGAGAGAGAGAGAGAGAGAGAGAGAGAGAGAGAGAGAGAGAGAGAGAGAGAGAGAGAGAGAGAGAGAGAGAGAGAGAGAGAGAGAGAGAGAGAGAGAGAGAGAGAGAGAGAGAGAGAGAGAGAGAGAGAGAGAGAGAGAGAAUUUUCAUAUAGAAUAGAAUAUCACUAAAAAAGGAACCAAAAAAUAUGAUAUAUAUUUUUAGUGCAUUACUGAUAUCAAGAAGUUCAGUGAUUUAAAAAGGAAUACCUAACGCUUCAUACUUAUGGCUCACAGUGAUACAUACAAAAGAUGUUCAGUCAAUAACAUAAAGUAUAAGAUAAUGUGCAGUAUAUAAAGUGAGUGUUUUAUGAACCAUUUUUGUAGGUCUAGAAAUGGAUUGUAAGGCCGAAUGAUGAUAAUAAGUGUGUUCAGUGUUCUGGUAUUACUGAGAAUGAAAUACUGAUCUGGAGAAACAGCUGGCAUUGCUGUUUUCUAAUAUGAACUGAUAUGUGAUAUUUAUUGUAUAUACAGAGUACAAUAUGGUAUAACAUAUCCCUUACCGAUGUGAAUCUUAUAAAUUCCUAGUCUUUCUUUUGUACCAUCUGAUGUUUUGAAUAAAUUAAAGACAAAUAUAGCUAGAUCAGAAUGUUUUAAUUUCUUUGGUAAGUUAUUAGUCUUUUUUUUCUGUUCAUUCCUUAUAAUGCUUUCCCUAUACACAUACCUACUUUUCUUGCAUUAUUUUAAAAACAGUUGACCAAACUGGAUAAUUUACCUGAAACAUUAUACAUUGUGUCUUUUUUAUGUACUUUCAGUAAUUAGAUGGGUGAAAAACAUGCUCUCUGUAGUGUCUGAUUGUACAUUUUAGUUCUUAAUUCUCUUGUGAUAUUUUGUGUGAAAAAUGUAUUAUAGGUUCAUUAUAAAAGUAUUUUUGUUAUUUGUGAGAGGUGUAAUUUCCUGUGUGUUUUUUGUAAUAUACUUUAUUGUCAAUGUUUGCACUUACUAUGGAGUUAUUCUGUAUUUGUAUUUAAGGAUUAUUAACUUUGCCUUUCUUAACAUAGAUUGAUGUCAGGAAAUGAAAACUAUAUGUUAUGGAACUAAUACAUUCAGGUUACAUUGUGGUUUAUAAGAAAGGUUUGAUAACCUUUUAUGCAGUAGUGUUCCCUUUAUUAAAGUGAUUUUUUAUUAUCAUUUUUGUAGUGGCAAGGUAUCUAUUAACAAGGUCAGGCUGCUAAAAAUAAGUGACUACUUAGACCUUGACUAGAGAAUAUAAUGUUACAUGUUAUAUUCACAUGUUAUAGUUACAUUGAAGUUACAUUUACAAAGAAAAAUUAAUUUAAUGAACACCAAAAAAGUCCAAUUAAAAAGGAAGUUAUGCCGUUGGAGUAGGGGAAAAAAGGUUAAUUUAAUGAACACCAACCUUAUGUAAAAAAAAAAAUCCAAAUAACAAGGAAGUAAUGCUGUUGGAGUAAGAAAAGUUAUAGUAGGGAAAAUUAUAGGGAGAAAGUUAUAGUGGAAAUAUAAUUAAAGUUUUAAAUUUUAUGAAAGAUUUUUCUACUAUUUCUGGACAAGAAAAAGGGUAGAGGUUAUUUUAAAGUUAAUUUAAUAUGGGUUUCAUCUUCAGCUAGCUGAAAAUUUCUUGAGGUCUGAAUAGAUGCCAAUAUGAAUAAACAAAAAAGAUUUUUAAAUUUUAAAAAAUGUUCAUGUUCAUCAUUUGUUACUGUAAUGAAGGUACCUCCGCUUAAUUAAUGAUAAUAAUGAAAAUGAUAAUAUGAAUAAUAGUUCUGAAAUCAUGUUGAUUAAAAAGCUUAAAUGGAGAACUCUAAAUAGAUGCCAAAUUCAACAAAGAAUUCAGAUUCAUGAUUCAAAAAAUUAUUUUGAAAAAUCAGAAAAUAAAUUCACUUCACAGAUAAAAUAAUGGAUGAGAUGUUUAUUUGUUAUAAUAGGUGAAAUAAACUGUUGGAUAGUUUCAAAAAUCAAGAUGAAAGGAUGAUUUCCCUAAAGUUGAAAAGAAGGAAAGGAAAAUGGGAAAAUUCUUUAACCAGUAACAUCAUAGGAUAUAUCGCUUCAUGGAAAGUGUGUAGCUAGAUGUACAUCACAUGAUUGUAAAGCUUAAUAGGAAUUUGAUAUGAUACAUUUUACAGGGAAUGAGAUGGAAGUAUACAAUAAUAAUUCAAGUAACAGCAGUGACUAAUAAAAUCAGGAAAUAUAUAAAAGAAAAUUGAAGGGGUGUUAUUGCCAAAUCCCCCCCCCCCCCCAUCAAAUUGCAUAUAGGAGGAUCAGCCAGAAAAUCAAAAUGUGUGGUAAUAUGUUUAAAGUAUUUAGGGGGGGUAUUGAUCAAAAGAUGGGCUAAGCAAACUAAAUGACUUGAAAAUAGAAAGAUAGUUGAAUACUGUUUUUCAUCAUCCUAUUAUUAUCAUUAAUUGUAUUUUUAGCUUCAUAUUGUAUCUUCUUAGAACUUUGAAAAAACACAGGUAGCUCAUUGUUUAGAUGAAUAUCUAAAAACAUUCUUUAGAGCCCCUUAUGCUAUUUUGAUUAUGCCUUUGUAUCAUUUAAAACACGUUCUCAUAUGAAAUCCAUGUUUCUAUAUUGUAGUGCAGGACCAUAUAAUGAGAGCUUUAAUACCAAGAUUUAUUUAAGGAUAGGCUGACAGAUAUUUUUAUGGUAAUAUGAACCAUUAUCAUUCACCCUUUUUGAGUCCUUCAAAGAUUAAUAACAUAUCAACGGUCAAAAAGUGAUAAUAUAUCCUCUUGUUUCUUUACUAAAUAAAAAAUGCAUCAGAGUAGCAGGCUAUGCUCUUAACAGGACAGUACAUCAGUGGUAAACUAUGUAUAAUACUUAAUGCUUAUGUUCCAUAUGUUAACCUACAAGCUUAGAGAGAGUGUUUGUUAUCCACACUUAUGGAAGCUAAAUCAUUCAGUUAUAUAUACAGGCUAAAAUACUCAAAGUGCCGAUGACUAGAAAAUGCAGUAAUAUUUUGGCUAAUUGUAUGCCAUGCUUAAUAACUCAUGUGCCUUUCUUUCUAUAUUAUAACAAUACAAACUGCACAGUUUGCAAUAAUUGAGACUCAGGUCCCAGUUUGAGCUUGUACUAUUGUGGACACUUGUUUUUAAAAUACUUUAUUGCUUAGUAUAAUUGUAGGUAAAUAAAGUCUUCAUACAACGGAA